CACUCGUAACGCUAUGACGACGUCACACCGUUGACAUCUAACACGGAUAUCUCAUUGUCCUGGGGAUAGCAUCGUGCCAAGUCAACUCCGCACCCCCUCACCCCCAUCUAUCUCGGGUUCUCCCUUAUUUUAUGAAUGAAAAGUUGUCUCCCCCGGUGUAAAACAAUUUUUCAUUCGAUCGCGACCCAAAAACCCAACGAAUUCCACCGAAAACUCCAAUUUCGCGGACACAGAUCAUCCCUUAUACCCCUCAUCCUCAGUGAAGUGAUGUGAAGUUGUUAAUGAAUGGAGUGAGACACCUAAUUUUCACACCAGAAAGAAAUUGCGCCCCGAGGGUGAAUGAAGUGACUAUAAAGAAAAAAGUCACCCAGAAUAAGCCGAUAAAUUUUUGGUGGUAUAGAGGGAGAGAGAGAGACAGAGAGAGAGCAACGUGAAUAAAUCUCAAAGGACAGGUUUAGUGGAGAUAAAACGUUGAAAAAAGAAUACUCAGAAUGUACAAGAACCGGUGAAAACGUUGAGGUGAAUUAACUUGGCUCGAGUGAAGUGAAAAUCCACCAGUGAAACCUGGUGGGUUUGGAAACAUUAAAAAAACAGAAGAGACGAACGAAAAAUGGGAAAGAAAAACAGCAAACUCAAGCAAGACACUAUCGAUCGUCUGACCACAGAUACCUAUUUCACGGAAAAGGAAAUCCGACAGUGGCACAAAGGAUUUCUCAAGGACUGCCCCGACGGUCUUCUCACUGAACAGGGAUUUAUCAGGAUCUACAAGCAGUUCUUUCCACAGGGCGAUCCCUCCAAGUUUGCAUCGCUCGUUUUUAGGGUUUUUGAUGAGAAUAACGACGGUUCGAUAGAGUUUGAGGAGUUCAUUAGAGCCCUAUCAGUAACGUCAAGAGGAAAUCUCGACGAAAAAUUACACUGGGCAUUUCGACUGUACGACGUCGAUAACGAUGGCUUUAUCACACGAGAAGAAAUGUAUAACAUCGUGGAUGCGAUAUAUCAGAUGGUGGGUCAGCAGCCACACGCAGAGGACGAGAAUACGCCGCAGAAGAGGGUAGACAAGAUAUUCGAUCAAAUGGAUAAAAAUCACGACGACAGGCUGACACUCGAUGAAUUCCGUGAGGGUAGCAAAGCCGAUCCAAGAAUCGUCCAGGCACUGUCACUGGGUGGAGAGUAGCCCAUAUCAAACCCCACAAGCCCUCAGAGUGGGAAAAUAUAACUGAUGAAUUUUCUCUCACCUCACCCUCCCCAUUUAUCAACGAAAUACCUGACUUAUCGAUGCAGUUACACAGCUGGAAAUACUAUUCAACAUUUCGAUAACAACGUUCCCAUGAAUUUUAUAAUGGACUGAUAUGACAUUACGGGUGGUGAACAAAAUUCCCAUUGGAAUAAAUCUUGUUAAGUGUGAGUAGAAGAGGUGCCCUUUGUGAAUGGCACCUGGAAACCCGCCAGCGUGGGAAGUAGGGGGUGGAAUAAGAGGGUGGUUUCACCCAUCAAAUGCUGUUACUACUUUUGGGUUAAACCAGCACGUAUUCCCGGGUAUUUGUGAAAUUCUCGUGUAGAUGAGGCGAACGAGUCAAGAAAAAGAAGAAAAAAAAUUAACAAACGAUACAGAAAAAAAUAAUAAAGAGAGAAAAAAAAGAGGGAAAACGAAUGAGUCA